GCAAAAAUGUCUAAAAAAUUCGAAUUAGAAUCAAAUAAAAAUAUUGGUUCUUGGAAAAAAUUAUAUGAGGAUGUACUAGCUCAUUUUAAUAUAAGAUUCGAUCCAGAACCAUCACCGUUACAAACAGAACUACAGACAGAUGUACAGAUCUUUGAAAGUGAUUUGGUCAUUGAUCUUAAUGAAUUGUUUAAAUAUCCUAAGAAUGAAAUUAAUGCACAAGUUAUUCGUAUUUAUGGUGAUGUAGUUCAACUUUCGGAUAAUCUAGAAAUUCAAAUGUUGGGGAGUCAUGGCAUUAUUUUAAUAGUUGCAAGGUUAUUUGAAAUUAAACAUGGCUGUCAAAUUUCUAUUAAAUAUAAGGAAGAGAAUAAUUUUCAAUUAUUAAUAUAUACUAUGGAGAUGCCAUCAGAACUUAUUAUUAAAAACGAAGAUAAGAAUCCACUAACAUUUAAAAUUAAUAGUCCAAACAUUGGUGGAUUGAUUUCUUUACAUAGUGAUGAAUUUAAAGAUAUACCUGAUUUCGCUAGUAUAAUUCUUCAAAAAAAGCCAUUCUCUAAAAUACUACGAUUUUCUCUACAAAUUGCAAUCGCUCUAUUUUAUGAUAAUCGCAAAGUUACACGUUCAAUUCUCACAUGGAUUAUUAAAAUAAAUGAACAAUUGAAAGAUAACGAGGAAAAAGAAUUUGAAAUGACAAAAAAACUAUACUAUCGUGCAUUAAGAAUGCUUGACCAUCUUAAUGCCUUCAUUGAAAGAGAGAAAAGUGAAUUUACUUUUGUUCCACGACUUAAUAUGGAAAAUUACAAAAAUCAUAUUUGUCAGUUGUUGAAAUUUGCAAAAGAUUAUGAAAAUGAAUAUAAAAAUGUACUAAAACAUGAGUAUAAUAAUAAGCAAAAAAUAAAGAAGUUAAAUUAUAAGUUACUGGACCAUAAUGAUAUAACAAAAAUGCAUGAAAUUCUAAAAGAAAAGGAAAAAAAUGCACUCGAGGAGUUUAAAGAAGGAAUUGAUAAUUGGCUUAAAGAACGAAAACAUGCUGCACAAAAAGAGUUAUUCCUCGCUAUUCUUGAUUUAUCUGUUAGUGUUGGUAAAGUUGUUAUUCAGCCUGGAGGUGUACUCAAUUUUGUUGAUACUGUAAAAAAAGUAUCCAAAUCAGUUCAAGAUGUCAUUGAACAUAUUAAUAUAGAAAACAUUAAAGCGUUAUUCAAGAUAACUAAUGAUGAUGAAGUAAAAAAAGAACUGGAACAAGCUAAUGAUAUAAAUAACAAAGCCGAUAAAAUCAAAGAAAUUACAAAUAAGUUAAAAAGUAAUCACGAUAUGGCUGGUGAACUAAACAAAUCCGCGGUGGAAAUGAGUGCAGACGAAUAUUUGAAGUCUUUAAUAGAUUUUAUUAACUUAAUUGAUGCUCACAUUGAAGCAAAAAUCGAAGAAAGCGAAAGGUCUAAAGAACUUUCAGGGAUUGAUUUGCAAGUAGAGACGUGCAAAAAAAUAGAAGAACGACUUGAGCAAAGGAUUCAGUUAGAAAAUGAUUCUCAAGAUGACGAAAUUAUACUUCUACUAUUCGAACACCUUAUCGAUAUCAAAUAUUGUAUGACAUUAUUCAUGGAAAAGUAUCGUUCCGCUUAUAAAUAUUGGACUCUAUCCGAAUCCAAAUUAGAGCUUUCAGUUAUUAAAGAAUUCAAUGAAUCAGUUAUCAAUAAAAUGUUUGAAGAUCUCGAUAAUGCCUUUAAUGAUAGACCUCGGAUAAAAGAGAAUACUUUUGAAUUUAAAGAAACAUAUAUUGAUAAAUUUAAGCAAAAUAGUUCAGUAAUAAUUGACAUUCCGUUGGAUUGUGAUGAAUUAAAAAACUACGCUCGCCUAAGGCUUCAUGCAUUUAGGAUAUACUUAAACGGAGUUGGUUCCAUAAACGAAUCAAUCGGUCUUUAUAUUAGUCAUUCUGAUACAUUUGCUGACAGAGAUAAAAAUAAUAAUAAAUAUUAUUUUAAAUCAGAUCCCAAAAGAGAAGGAUUUGAAUACAAAGUAAAUAAAGAUCAUUCUGCCGAAUGUGAUAUAAGCGAAAAAUACAAAAUAGUUUUCGAUAACAUCUAUUAUAAAUUAGAGGAUAAAAAUUAUUCUUUUGCCCCAACACCAUUUAGUCAAUGGACAAUUAGUCUUUAUAAAGAUAGCAAAUGUGACCUGUCCAGUCUAGAAUCAAUUAUUAUUUAUUUGGAA